CCUGGCAUCAGACUAGCUAAGAGAGUUUGUUGUUGCUUUAGCAACAGCUGCUAUAUUAGCCUUCGUUUUCUGGCUCGUCACUGUUGACACGUUAGUGAUUUAUUAUUUAAUGGUGACCACAAGUGGGAUUAGGCUAAAUCGACGUGAAGCAGCUUGAAAUUACAAGUACAUUGACGUGUACUUGCUGGUGAAAUUUGCAACCUCGCCCACUAGCUAGCAAACGAUAACUGCUAACCUUAUUAGAAAAGUCCAGUGAUCAGCUAACGUUAACAGUUCAUGAAGAGCAGCCAGCUAAGUCAAAGGAGCUUGCUGCGCUUAGCACCGUUACCAGUUCACCUGAAGUGAUGCGACUGAGGUGUGUCUAUUGUUGAAGAAUCAGGAUGGCAAGUUACCAGUGGGAGCUUCCUCCAGAGCUAUGUUGUCGCCCCAUGGCUUUUGUAGCCUUAACUGGUCUGGAUGUGGUAUAUAAUGCUGUACACCGGGCCAUUUGGGAUGCUUUCUGUGCCAAUCGUCGGGCUGACAGAGUCCCCAUCUCUUUCAAAGUUCUCCCGGGAGACCAUGAGUACCCCAAGUGUCGCACUAAGCGAACAUCAUAUGAGUGGUACAUACCUAAAGGCAUCCUGAAAACAGGUUGGAUGAACAAACAUCUGAACCUGGUACCUGCUCUGGUUGUUCUGUUCUAUGAAUUGGAUUGGGAUGACCCGCAGUGGAAAGAAAAGCAGUCGGAAUGUGCAACUAAAGUGGAGAUUGUCAGGACCAGUCUACAGGGCAGGAACACCAAAGUGGCUGUAGUAUUGAUCCAGAAGAAAACCCCUCUUCCUCCAGGAGAGGACCUGGUUGCAUCCGAGAGAGCAUCUGCUCUUUGUAAUGUCUGUGAUCUGUCUGGCAAGAGCCUCUUUGUUCUGCCACACACUGACCACUUGGUGGGCUACAUUAUAAGGUUGGAGAAUGCCUUUUAUGAACAUGCUCAGACAUACUAUUACACAGAGAUUCGUCGUGUAAAGUCACACAAAGAAUUCCUCAACAAGACAACACAUCAGCUGCUGUUUGUCAGGCACCAGUUUAAGAUCGGUUUCUUCAGUGAACUGAAACAGGACACUCAGAAUGCCCUCAAGUACUACAGAACUGCAUACAGCCUUGUGCAUGAGCUGAGAGCACAUGAGACCAACAUGCUGGAGAUCAAAACUAUGGCUGGAUUUAUCAACUACAAGAUUUGUCGCUUAUGUUUCCAACAUAACACUCCUCUGGAUGCCAUAGCCCAGUUCAGGAAGCACAUUGACCUGUGCAAGAAGAAGAUCGGCAGUGCUGAGCUUGCCUUUGAGCAUUCUGCUUGGAUGUCUAAACAGUUCCAGUCAUUUGGUGAGUUGUUUGAUGAGGCAAUAAAGUUGGGCCUGACCGCCAUCCAGACACAGAACCCUGGUUUCUACUAUCAACAGGCUUCCUGUUACAGCCAGGACAGGAAGCAGCUGGCACAGCAGCUUUGUCAGGCUGGAACAAGUUAUCCCUCCCCCGACCUUCUGGACACCCAGAGUGGAGGACUGGACUUCUAUGGCCAGAGACCCUGGAGACAAGGACACCAGAGUAUUGAUCCUCCAGAUGCAGAGAAAGAGAGGUUGGGCGUUCUGGCCCUGCAUAUUAAAGAGAGAGAUGUACCACAUUCUGAACUGAUAAUAGCUCUACUUAGUAACGCUGUGGCCCAGUUUAAGAAGUACAAGUGUCCACGAAUGAAGAGUCAUCUCAUGGUGCAGAUGGGAGAGGAAUACUAUCAUGCAAAUGACUACAACAAAGCACUAAAGCUGUUGGACUAUGUGAUGUGCGACUAUCGCACAGAACGAUGGUGGGGUCUCCUGACUGCCAUAUUGACCAUAGCUCUGCGCUGUGCUUAUCUGAUGGCUAGUAUUAAGGACUACAUCAUAUACUGUAUGGAGCUGCUGGGCAGAGCUUCAACUUUGAAAGAGGAGCAGAAGUUGAGGAUUGAGAAGAAUCUCAUCAAAGUCCUGAUGAACGAGGUUCCAGACGCUGAGCCUGAGUGUGAUCCAUCCUGUGUCAGUGCAGCCCGGUCAAUGUGGAGUGACCGCAUGGUUUUAGCCGGAUCAAAUGAGCUGACUGUGGAAAUGCAGGACUACAUCCCAUUCCUCCAGUGUAAAUCCAGAUUCCAGUCUCCCAGUUUCCAUGUAGACGAGUCCAUCCAACUCCAGGUCUUCCUCCGAGCUGACUGUCCUCAUCCCUUGUCAUUCAAUAAGCUGUCUGUCAGCUUCAGUAACCAGGAGUACAACCAGUGGUGUGUGGUGGAAUCUUCAGGUCAGGACAGUAUGACCCUACUCCCAGGGAAAACUAAAUGCUACAAUUUUAGCUUUGUGGCAAAAACUGAAGAUGUUGGUAAGAAAAUAGAGAUGACAGGUAUUGAGAUGAUGGUGGGCAGUAACAGCAGCCGCUGUGUGUUUCUGAGCUGGAGGGGUGCUGGUGGAGAUGCUGCCUCCGCCCAUGAAGCUUUGCAGGCCAGCAGGUCAUCGCGGCGAUGCGGGCGUGGCCUUGAGGCACGUCAGGAGCUGGACUGGGACAGUCUGACUAUGCAGCACAGCACCAUGAUCAUCUCCAGAAUCCCAAAGAUUUCUGUUCAGCUGAGCCACCAGCCUCCUGUACUCAUCAAUGAAAUGUACUGCAUCAGCCUCACUGUCCAAUCACAGGAGGACUCUAUAGCAAAGGAUGUUAAACUGACCACUGGCCUCAAACCAGGCCAGGACGCCAAUCUAGGCCAGACUACCCAUGUGACACUCAAUGGCUCUCAGGUUUGUGACGACAGUGCACCUGCUCUGCUGCCGGAAGUGCCUCUGGGAGAUCUGAAGCCAGGCGAAAAGAUGGAAAGAUGCGUCUAUGUGAGGUGUGUGUCAAACGGACCAAGGGUCUUCCUGUUCCACGUGGCUUACAGCAUUGAUACCACGGUAGAAGGACGACAUAUUGUCUGCAAAUGUCAUAAGGAUGAGACGGUAACUAUAGAGACAGUGGUCCCAUUUGAGGUGUCAGUCAAGUUUGCGUCCAUCAAGCAGUUUGAACCACUGGACCAGGUAGAGCUGGACAUUCCCUACCUGUUAAUGAUGGAUAUCCUGUCUUCGUCUCCAUGGCCUCUUCUGCUGACCUCCUCUUCUUUGCAGCUGCUUACUAUGACCAGCAACACGCCACAACUUCUGUCACAGUUACAGGAAGUGGUCCUCCAGACAGGGGAGUGUGCCAGUGAGUGCUUCUGUCUCCGAUGUCCACCACUAAAUAACAGCAAUAACACUGUGGCUACAGGGCAGUACCUGAUAUCAUGGAGGAGAAAGUCCUCCAGUCCGGACAGUCCUCUUGUCCAGACUGCAGUCACUCUACCUCAUGUCAUCCUAGAGUCAGUCCCUCUCUACAUCCACGCUGAUUUACCAUCCUUUGGGCGAGUCAGAGAGUCUCUUCCAGUUCGUUACCACAUAGAGAACAGAACACCUCUGGUGCAGGAGGUGGAGAUGGCAGUUGAACCAUCAGAUGCCUUCAUGUUCUCUGGACUUAAGCAGGUACGUCUCCGUAUCCUCCCUGGUUCAGAGCAGCAGAUACUGUAUAACUAUUACCCGCUGAUGGCUGGUUACCAAACACUACCACAGCUCAACAUCAGCAUGCCACGUUGCUCCAUCUCCAACACACAUGCACUGAGACGCUUCCUUCCACAACGCAUCUUCGUAAAGCCUCAGGGUCGACAGCUGGAUGAUGGAUUCAUUGCCGCGGCUUGAGGAAAAAAAUAGAUGUUUACUGUAAAUAGAACAAAGCAACAAUGGUGGUUCUAGAUGUAUGAUUCCAUGGAUAAUCAUUAUUAACACUAUUUGUUUUUCAUUGUCACGUAAAAACGCACCAUAAAAACCAUGUGUCGACCAAACAUCAGGAGAGAUUUUGUUUCCAGUGUUCAGAGUGAAUGUGAUGAUGUGAUGUGAGCAAGCGGACGAUAAAUCAACUGAUGCGUUUAAUCAGUUACAUUCAUUUAACAAUGGAAAUCAAGUGUGAAUCUGCUGUGAGCUAUAUGAAAAUUGUAAUACAUGAAUUGAAUGUGAUGAAGAUUUGAUUAAACUGAAGUGAUGGAAA